AUGACGAAGGUAAGCAUCAAUGGGUUGAGAGUCUUUUUGCAUGUCCAUGAGUUGAAAACGAAUAGUAGACUCACUGGCCAUACUGGAUUGAUAGAAGUGGAGUUGGAGACACUCCUAGAGAUCCCGGGCAGAGGUGUAGCUGACGGUGAGAUAGAGAAUGGACUCAAAGAGUAUACUGGUGAUGUAGCUAACAAUGAGUUGGUCUUGUUGAUACCACUGAGCAUGGGUGGGAUUGGUUUGGGUAAGAGUGGCAGUGGUGGUUGUGGGGAAGGAGAUGGUGGAUUCAUACGAAGCCAUAAGGUUGACCUAAAGGAGAGGAUUGGAUCGAAUAUGGGAGAGGGAGGAAACCCUAGAUUACACAAAGGGUUUGAGUUGUUUAUGAGUGCCAUUGAUAAAUUUCCAGAGGUCAUGACCGACUAA